UGCAGUUGAGGAUGCGUCCUAAAUCAAGUCCUUCCUCUCUCCUUACGAAUCCGCCUGCAGGUGGCUAACCAAUCUCGCCCGACGUUGCGGCCGAGCACCGAGGAGAAAAAUAACGUAUAUGUCGCGAUAAAGGCCGAAGGAAUUCGCCGUUUUCGAGCGUGUGACUGUGCGACGAUCUUGCAAUUUUCCAGCCGUCAAGCGCGUCCUGCGAUAUACCUGCCGGUACGUUCCGUGCCGCUUUCGCCGCAACAUCCGGGAUUAUGAGCUGCGGCGGUCUUAACCUUUAAUGACAGCCCCGCAAAUUCAGGUGACAUAGAGAUAUCAAAAUGCAGACGAUAAAGUGCGUUGUGGUGGGUGACGGGGCAGUCGGUAAAACCUGUCUUCUGAUCUCUUACACCACAAACAAGUUUCCCUCUGAAUAUGUGCCUACAGUUUUCGAUAACUAUGCGGUAACUGUAAUGAUAGGAGGGGAUCCCUAUACAUUAGGAUUAUUUGAUACAGCAGGUCAGGAAGAUUACGACAGGCUGCGUCCCCUAAGUUAUCCUCAGACUGAUGUAUUCCUCGUAUGCUUCUCGGUUGUGUCGCCCUCGUCGUUCGAAAAUGUAAAGGAAAAGUGGGUGCCCGAGAUAACGCAUCAUUGUCAGAGAACGCCAUUUUUACUUGUUGGCACGCAGAUCGAUUUACGAGACGACGUCGCAACAAUAGAGAAACUCGCAAAGAACAAGCAGAAACCAAUAUCUGGCGAGCAGGGGGAGAAACUUGCGAAGGAGCUUAAAGCUGUGAAAUAUGUAGAAUGCAGUGCUCUGACACAGAAAGGUUUGAAGAACGUGUUCGACGAAGCGAUUUUGGCUGCGCUGGAACCGCCCGAGCCGGUAAAGAAAAGAAAGUGCACGCUGCUGUAAGGCAACCGUCUGCAGAGAUUCACGAUCCGAGGAACGCAUGCCUGACGUCAAAGACAACGUUACGUAGUACCGACAGGCGACAGUCUUGUGUGUAGUAAUACCGUAAAUAGAACUAAAUUUGCCUCAACACGAGCUCGCAACCGAGAGGAAAAUGAUAAGCAAUCGCACAGGCGCGGCUUACGAGCGCCGACUGUAGACACAUUCCAUGAGGCGUGCGACAGCGACAGCUCUGAGUUUACGCGGUCGGGGAAAAUCUUUUCUGUCAAACAAUAAUGAUUAUCUUACCGAAGGAAACUUAAUGCACAAAGUCUUCAUUUAUGCCCCGAAUACGACGUUCGAGAGGGGAGGAAAGAUCGGUCUGGGCGCGCCUGGGGAUUUUUUCAGGUAUCUCGAAACCGAUUCCAAAAUCGUUGACUUUUGACGUUCGCACUUGAGUAAGCGGGGAUGAUAGAGGAGGAGAGAGAGUGAGAGAGAGAGGAGAGAAAUUGGUGCUAUUGUUCAACAAUAUUUUUUUAAGUCGAAACGUUUACCGAAACGUAGGUAUCUGAGUCGUCGGCAUCAUUACCGAAUAUUCAUGAAUAUUCAUUUGAUUAAAAAAGGUAGUGUGCAUCAUUCGCUGAAAUUCGAUGUUCGUUUGUUUCGAUGCGUACGGCGGGCGAAAUUCCCGUUUCCGGCGACGUCAGUGUUAGGAGCUCUACGGUGAAUGUGUAUAAAACGAUAAAUAUCAUAGCAGUAUCACCUUAGAUAUAUUAUCAAAUGCAUGUAAUGAAAAAGAAGACUAUCAUUAUUAAUUCUAACAAUCGUCUGUCUAUGAAAUCGUUGUUAACGCCAGAGGCGCUUGCAAUAUCGUGUUUCGGAUACGGUAAAGGGACGUUGGUAUGAUCCUAAAACGGAAACUCGCGAUAAAUCCAUGGCUGAUCUCUGACGUUUAUCGUAUUUGCAAUGUGAUAUGGCAAAAGUUCUCUGAUAUCAGUGGUGUCGGUAAUGAACCUUCGGGCCACGUCUUUUGAAGUACGCACGGCAGCUACUUUAACGGGAAGACUUCUAAGAGUAAACGACCAAUGUCCUCGCGCGUUUUUUGAAUACCGAUUUUAUUACGAUAGUUAAGCUAUUUUCAGCAAAACUUAAUAUCUAACACACGAAAUUGGGGAGCUUCUACGACUAUUUACCGACAUUUACAGUUUUCACUUGAGAAUUAUAUACUUGAAGUCUCGUUACUCCGUCACGGGAUGCUGCAUGCAGUGAAUUUUAUCGGUUCGGUCUCGACGGCAUGCGACCGAUUGACUUUUUUUAUACGGUCACAUCGUCGCAUAUCGUUAGUAUACUAAUAAACACAUGUGAAUGUUCGUCACGACGCAUUUGAACCUGUGAACAUUGAAUAUGGGCAUAUUUGCGGAAGGAAGCAUUUCAUCAAAAAGAUUUAAUCAACUUUUACACCACGAAGCGAGAGAGUUAAAAGUAACAGCAUUUAUUAGCACCAUUAUGUGUCGCAGUAUGUAGAGAGACACAGUCGUAUAACGAAAUAUUCGCAUAAAUAUAUUUAUACCAUGUAUACGA